UUUUCCGCAGGGAUUACUACUCACCAUUCCUCUGUGGCCAUUAAAAGAACCAUUGAUCAACAAACACACCAAACUUCAAGAAAUAUAUAUAAAUGCUCGCACGUAUAUAGCCAUUAGUUUUGUUUAAAGAAAUUUGAUAGUUUUAGAGAGAGAAAGAAAGAAUUAAAAAAAUAGGCUAAAUAUUAAUUCUGAUCGUCAAUCGAUAUAGAAUUAGGGUAUCAAUUAUCAUUAUAGCUUGGACAAUGGUGGUGGUGGACGCACAAUACGUUGAGCCAUUCACCGUCGAUCUUGCUGUUCAGAGGAAAUCAGUGGCCAAUUCAAAUGGAAACUUUACCGUUGUCGACGUCAAUGGAAACGUGUUGUUUAACAUUAAAGACACAUUGUUCAGUUUUCAUGAUCGUCAUAUCUUGUAUGAUGCAAACGACAAACCUGUUCUAACUUUCAAGAAAAAGCUCCGAUCCAUCCAUGGAAGAUGGCAAGCUUUCAAAGGAGAGAACGCCACCCACAAAGAUUUACUUUUCAGUGUAAAGAAGUCAGCAGCACCUAAACAUGAAACGGAGUUAGAUGUGUUUUUAGUGGAAAACAAAGAGGAGACAUCGUGUGAUUGUAAGGUUACAGGAGAUUGGGAAACCAAAUCUUGCAACGUCUACGCCCAAGAUGGUUCUACCAUUCUUGCUGAGGUACAUGAUAAGCAAAAUAUUACCAAUGUGGUGGUUGGAAAGGAGACCUUCGGUAUAACAGUCUACCCGGAUGUGGAUUAUGUUUUUAUUGUUGCACUUGUGGUGAUUCUUACGGAAAUCAAAAGUUAUGAUAGUAGCAAGAAAAAGAAAAAGAAAAAGAAAAAGAAGGAAAAGAAGAGUUCUGAUAGUAGUGAAGACGAUAAAAAAGAUAAGGAGAUAAAGGUUGAAGAGGUGCAGGAGGAUGAGAAAGAGAAAUUACAAGUAAAAGAACAAACAAAAGACGAAGAGGAAGAUCAUGAAGAGCCGAGAGAACAAGAAGAACAAAAAGAAGAUGAAGUAGAAGAAGAAGUAGAAGAAGAAGAUGAUGAUGAUGAUGAUGAUGAUGAUGACGACAGUGAAAGUGAAAGUGAAAGUGAAAGUGAUAGUGAUAGUGAUGAUUAUGAUGACGAGGAACAUGAUGAUGAUAAAGAGGGUCAAACUAACAUGGAGGAACCGAAUCAUGAUGAGUAUAAUAACGACGAAGAUGAUGAAGAAAGUAGCUCCACCUCAGAAGAAAGUCCUAAAAAAUAG